AUGGAGUCUUGUGGGCUUAUUGCCCUGUUUCAGCGUGUAUUGCAAGUGGUCUUGGAAGGCAUUGGAAUCGCCGCCGUAGCUCAUGCUCACUUCGCCCUUAGAUUGAUCUCAGGACCUAUUCGACAUGCUGCUGAUCAUGUGUGGCUUCACCCAUAUCUUCUCAUAUCGAAUCUUCGGCACACCUACGCCAGGUUUCUUACCUUGGAAUUACGACUGAGAUUUGUGCCUCAAUCAGCAUAUGAGCUCCUUCUAACCGAGUCCAAUGCUUUUUUCUACCUCAAUGAACAGGUUUGUUGUGACUUUCUAAGCCAUGUGGCUUGGAAGGUAAACUUGGAGGCGGCGCUUGAACUUGCUGCCUUGAAAGUUUGUCGCGACUUUAUCGAAAAGAAGACUUACUAUAUCUAUCGAGAGUUCAAAAUAUUGACGUGUCUUCUAAAAUUCUUUCCGAAUGUUCCCAUAUGUGCAUACAAGAGGAGGGUUGUCAUCGAGAUUUCUAAGUGCCCCUUUCCUUCUCUAUGUCGGUUUCUUAAGGUCGGUUGGGGUUCGCCGGUUGAUUUGCUUGUUGGACCAGAAGUAGGGCUUUCCUAUCGAGUUAACGAAAGAUGUGAGCUUUCGAGAUUGGCUGAAUUACGAUCGGUGCUUGAAAUCGUUAUCAAGAAAAUGGAACAAGGUUCGGAAAAAGCUAUCUUGCAGUUGAAAAUAUCGGGUAACGCACAACUAAUGUUGAUUACCGUUGCCACGUACGAUAUUGCGGAGUCCUUAGCACAUCUGAUUGAUGGCUACCAGAUGAUGUACAACCAGGGCGAGUCAGUCUUCAAGAGAAAAGGAUUAGAGCGCUGUGGAAGUGCUGAUAUGCGCACUGCCGUUAUACCUAGAGCUUACGCUUCAGUAGCGUUGAGCCACGAUCUACGUGUACGACGCGAACACAUUACUCUGAAAGAACUGAUUGGUGGUGGACAAUUCGGAAAUGUAUACAGCGGCACAUUAGGAUCGGUCCCUAUACCUGUAGCGGUGAAAGUGUGUAAAUUAGAAAAUGAACCUAUGGAUACUCAAUUAAUACUGCAGGAAUCUCAUCUAAUGAAAAAUUUGCAACACGAGAACAUCAUCUCACUAAUUGGCGUUUGUAUGGAUGCACCGAUGUGGUUAAUUAUGGAGUUGGCACCACUUGGCGAGUUGCGUCAGUAUUUGCAAUCAAAUCGAGCCUCGUUAACAAUCAAUUCACUCAUUCUCUAUUCACUUCAAAUUGCACGAGCUCUCUCUUACCUUCAUGGCAAAUCCUUCGUACACCGAGAUAUCGCAGCUAGGAAUGUUUUAGUAUCCACGCCGAAGUGUGCCAAACUAACUGACUUUGGAUUAAGUCGUGCGCUCGACUACGACGCAAUAUAUACAGCUUCCCGUGGAAAACUUCCAAUAAAGUGGCUGGCUCCAGAGUCAAUCAAUUACAGAGAGUUCAGCAUGGCUUCCGACAUAUGGAUGUACGGUGUGUGCGUUUGGGAAAUCAUGUCAUGGGGUGUGAAACCUUGGCAAGGUGUAGCUAAUGCGGACGUCAUCACCCGGAUAGAAGCUGGUGAACGGCUGCCUUGCCCAGAUGGAUGUCCUCCUGUCCUGUUCAAUUAUUUAGAACUGAUGUUGUGGGCAUUGCAGCCUCAAAAGCGCCCAACCGCCAAGGAAAUCGUAGCGGUAUUUGAGGUUCCAAUAACAAUGACCUUUAAUGUUCCUGUUCUUCUUACCAACAUUGCUACUUUGCCGAAUUUGACAUUGUGGAGGACGUUGGAAGAACAGAAACGACAAGCUGAAGAAAACGAUAGAUGGCUAGACGAACUGUUUCAGGAACGGUUGCGCAAUAUCACUCCUAUUUCGCAAACUGUCACAGCAGUUAUUGGUGCUAUUGAUCGCUUGUCAAAUGCGUUCAAUACCAAUAUGAAACACGACGAUUUUGUCUCAAGUAUUAAGUAUCUUUCGUUUUGUAUGUUUGAAUGUGUUGUGAAUUUAAUGGUGGUUUGGUAUUGUAACAAAAUUGCUUUAGGAGAUCACUUCAAAGCUUCGGGAGAUGUUUUCUGA